AUGAUGGGCCCACGGCGGAAAGUCACCAGGACUCAAAGUCUGGGAGGAGGAAUGGUAAACCUGCCUGGACAUGAGGAACCCAAAGAUUAUAUAAAUGAGCUCUCGCACGAGGUGCUUUGCCAUAUAUUCAGAUACUUGCCCAUGCAGGAUAUAAUGUGUAUGGAGUGUCUGUCACGGAAAUUGCUUGAGGCGGUGACCUUAUAUUUGCGGGUUGUGAAGGUGGUGGAUCUUUGUGCAGGCCGAUGGUGGGAGUACAUGCCCUCAGGUUUCACAGACUCCAGUUUCCUCAUGUUGAUGAAGAAGAUGCCAGAUUUAGAGCAGCUGUACGGUCUUCAUCCCCGCUAUCUAGAAAGAAGGAGGGUCAGAGGUUACGAGGCUUUCAGUAUUCCAGGUGUUUUGGAGGCUCUACAAGCCUGCCCAAACCUCAUCGGUGUGGAGACGUCACAUCUUGAGCUUGUGGAGGCGGUAUGGAACUACAUGCCUCAGGUGCACAUACUGGGCAAAUUCAGAAACCGAAACGGGGCCUUUCCUAUUCCAUCCGAGAACAAACUCACCAUUCCAGCUGCUGCUAAAAUCCAGACUCUUCAUCUUGUCGGUGUGAACGUACCGGAGAUCCCGUGUCUGUCCAUGCUCAGGCAUCUGUACCUGAAAUGGGUUCGCCUUACUAAGCCUCAGCCUUUCAAAGACUUCCUUUGUGUCAACUUGCGUUCGUUCGUCAUGAGAAACUGUGCCGGUCCCACAAAUUCUCUGAAGUAUGUGCCUCUUGUCACUGGCUUGGCAUCUGCUCGCAAUCUGGAGCAGCUGGAGCUGGUGAGGGUGCCCUUCUUAGGGGGACUAAUUCAGCAUGUAGUGGAGGAUAGCUGGAGGUCAGGAGGGUUUCGUAAUUUGCACACUAUUGUAUUUGGUGCCUGUAAGAAUUCACUUGAAGUGGACCUGGGCUACCUCAUCAUUACUGCUGCUCGCAGGUUGCACGAAGUCCGAAUUCAGCCUUCCUUAACCAAAGACGGGGUGUUCUCUGCACUGAAAAUGGCUGAACUUGAGUUUCCCCAGUUUGAGACUUUGCACCUUGGAUAUGUAGAUGAGUUCCUAUUGCAAUGUAAAAUGAGCCAUGCUGAGUUAGUGAAAUAUGGUCUCGCUGAUGUGAUCGAGAAUCCGGGAAUCAUCACUGACAUUGGAAUGAAGGCUGUUAAUGAGGUGUUCACCUCCAUCAAGUAUCUGGUCAUUUAUAACUGUCCACAUCUUCACAACCCACACAACUGGAUCACAGAUCACUCACGCUGGAGCCGGCUGGUGGAUCUCACCCUGGUGCGUUGUCACGCUAUCAAGCUGGAGUCUUUCAGUCAGUUUAUUGAAAUGCUUCCCAGCCUAGAAUUCAUCUCUCUAGACCAGAUGUUUCGUGAGCCCCCCAAGGGCUGUGCACGUGUGGGACUCAGCGCUGGCACGGGUAUCGGCGUAUCGUCCGCCUUGGUCAGCAAUCAGAAUUCCAACAACGAUAACGACAACAAUAACAACAACAAUCACCAAAAUAAUAAUGACGCAAACAUUCCACCAAACAACAACAACCAUGAAGACGGCCCUCAGCAGCGGCAUCAUGACGCAGAGGAAAUUCCUGACGUGGAGGGCAUGGUGGCAGAGAACAUGGAGCCUGAGCCUGUUCUUGGGGCCGUCAAUCCAGAAGAAGAGAUCCAAGGGUCUAGUGAGACAUCAAAUCCUUCUCUCGAUCAGGAUGAAGAACAAGCAGGGCCUAGCGGAGUUCAGACCGCCAUGAAGAAACAACCGGUGGUGGUGUCAGACUCUGACAGUGAGGACGAGUACAGUCCAAUCAGAACGCAGGGUGCUGGUCGUUCUCAAGGCCGGUACCCAGAGAGCGAAUCCCAGGAGAAGAGCCGCACAGCUGUGACUCCUCAUGGGAAAGGGAAGACUCCUCUUCGCAGACGUGGACCGCAACCUCAUGAGUACAGCUGUGAGAAAGGAUGCCAGGUAACCAGCGAGCAGAUCAAAGCUGACAUGAAGGCUGCCAGUGAGACAGCUGAGCGUGGAGCCAGAGACGGAACCAGCGGGGCUGGACCCACUUCAGGCUACGCUACCGGCAGCUGCGUCUGCUCCAUGCGAUGGAGGGAAGACUCGGCCAAUCAGGAGGGCAGGGGAGAAGGUACGGUCAGGACACGCUGCACAUGCAGCAGGGCUCGUUCUUCCUCUGAAACCAGGACUCACACUGGCCACGGCCUGCCAGCAGGGGUUGAGAAUCACAGCCCAGAAAAUCACCGCCCUGAGCGGAGUGAGGCAGCAAGGGAAGAGGAGAUGGAGGACAGACACACCUGCACUCCACACAGAACUGAGAGCUCAUCUGAGGGGCAUACUGAGAGGACUGCAGGCCACCAGCAAGACAUUGGACCGGCAGGUUCACAUAGAAGCCCAACAUAUGAGUUCCCCAGGAGACCAGUCACUCGUGCCUGCAGCAGGCUUUCCUCUGUGCCUCUGGUGUGCGAGUCAGAGUUGCCAAAAGCAAAGCCACGGGCUGCAGUAAAGAAGAAACGUACGGCAGACAAAUCCACCAGCACCAGUGACCCUGUGACUGAAGACGACCAUGUGCAGCUGCUUAACCUUAAAUCUAAAAACCUGGUGGGCAUCACUCUCACAAAUUGCGGGAUCACAGACUUGGUUCUUAAGGAGUGCCCCAAAAUGAUGUUUGUCCAUGCCACGCGCUGCAGGGUGUUGAAACAUCUGGUUGUGGAAAGCGCACCGAUCGUGAACCGUUUUGACUAUGCACAGUGUAAGAAAUUAGACAUGGAGCAGGUGCUGGAUCAAAUCUUACUAAUGCCCCCAGAGAGAAACCGCAUCAUCUACAUGAGGCCUAUGCAUCAGAUUGACUCCCUUUCUCUGGAGAAGAAGCUUUUUAGUGGUCCGUACCCCUACCAUAUUGCCAUUAUCCAUGAGUUCAGCAAUCCUCCAAAUGUCAGAAACAAAGUGCGUGUGCGUAGCUGGAUGGACACCAUCGCCAACAUUAGUCAAGAACUCAUCAAAUAUGAAUUCUUUCCGGAGGCCACACGGACGGAAGAGGAUGUAAAGAAGUAUCCCAACUAUCCCUGGGGCCGAGACAUCUACACUUUAGAGGGAGUGGUAGAUGGAGCGCCGUACUCCAUGGUCACCGAUUUCCCAUGGCUUCGCUCUUUACGGGCAGCAGAACCUAAUAGUUAUGCUCGAUACGACUUCGAGGAUGAUGAAAGCACUACAAUAUACGCACCACGGCGUAAGGGACAGCUUUCUGCCGAUAUAUGUAUGGAGACUAUCGGCGAGGAGAUCUCAGAGCGACGACAAACGCACAAGGGCGUUUUCCAGCGGGUGGUGGUCGUCUUCAUCCACUACUGUGACGUUCGUGGAGAACCAGUAGAUGAUGACUACAUUUAGACUGUCGAUGUUCAGCCGAAGAGUCUGGAAGUGUGGAGCGCUCCACAUCAGCACUCAAUCAGGUUCUUUCCACUGACCAACCCUGCUGUCUGCUGUGCAAGAUGGGCAUCUUAGAAACACAAAGAUUGCCCCUUAUCUCUCAGUAAAGGAAACUGAGAGCAUUCGCUUUAAAUCUGCCAGUGUCAGCCAAUGCUUGUUUAUGUGGAGUCGUUGGACUGACAAGCUGUGUCGACAGGGUGCUUGUGUUCUGGACAUGACUGAGGAAAGCAGCCUGUUGUUUACCUGCAACUCUUAAGGAAAGAGGGGGGAUCGGGUCUGUAGCAGUUAAUUUGGUGCUAUGGUUUUGCACAUGGGAAAAGACAUGAUGAGCUGCAACAGGUGGCAUAUGAAAUCACUUGUUUGGGUUUUGGGGAAGACGAAGAAACCCCGUAGUAGAUUCAUGUGUGUGUUUGGCCACUUGGUUGGGAUCUGUGCCUUUAUUCGCAGUAACAUUGUUCAGCUUUAAUUUACAAAGUUUUUUUUUUCUUUUUUUGCACCUCAAACCUCUCGUGCUUUUGUUUUAUAUUAUUUCAGAUUUUACUCUUCGUUCUCUUACCUUUACUCCAGAGGAUGACUAAUUGGAUGUUUGAUUGACUUGUGUGUGUGUGUCACUAUUAUAAUUUAACCCAAAACCUAGUGAAGAGAUUAAAUGUUUCUUUGCCCAUGGGAACGGGGCCGAUUUGGUGAAUAUACGGUAUAUUUACCUCAGUUUUCUCCCUGUUGUCUUUAUAGAGCAAAAAAAAACAUUGCGUCUAUCGGCGACAAAGAAAUAUAUGAGUAGAGUAUUUUAUGCACAUGUGACUUAUUUUUAUUUUUUCCCCUUAGUUGAACCCAUAUUUUUUACAUUAUAAUGGUUUUAAAUCAAAAGCACAGUGGAUUGAGUUGCCAGGCAGAUCCCUUAUUCAUAUUCAGAUGACUUAAAACACUUCUCACACACUUUCUCAAUAGGGUGAACAGUCUUAAUAAUCCCCUCCACACACAAUAUUGAGUCUGCAUUAACAGUUUAUACAUGUUUAUGAAUACAAAUGUUCACUGUUCUUUCUUACAAAGUCCUUUAUGUUGUUGCUGACCGAUAGUGUGCAAAAAGUUGGUAAUAAAACAAAAUGCAAGGUGUGUCUUGACUGUUUGUGACGUGUGGCAGGAGAAAUUGGUGUGAUUGAGAUUUAGGGAGCUUGUAAUGCACGUAAACCCCCUUCUCGCUGCUCUACUUUGUACUUUUUUUGGGUGAACGUCCAUGUUUGGAAACAAGAAUCUACAAGGAUUGAAUCCACACUCAUGCUGAGCAAUGCAGAAGUUGUGUACAAGGCCCGUGUACAGAUAUUCUGUAUUUAAAUUACUUCGUUUUAUAUGUUUAUAUAAAAUAAAUAUUUCAUUAAAAAAAGUUUUCUUCUUG